AUGGAGUCUAGGAGGACAGUCCCCGAUUUUUAUCAUGGAGGCUCGCCUUCGACACCUUACUAUACAGCUCAUCCAUCUCCAACGGCCACUCCGGAGUCUCACUCUGACGAUGAGCAGCAGCCAAUAGCAGGUCCAUCCAAGCUCACACUAGACUUGCCGGUCUUCUCUCUGGACUCGAAUAAUGUUCUCCAGCUCUUCGAUGAGGAAGAAGAAGAAGAGCACUCAAAUUUGCGCUUAAACAUUAAUUUUAAUCUCUCAUUAGAUUUCAGUCAAGCUACGCUAGGACACUCUCGUCCGCCUUCACCAGCACCAACCGCAGACUUUAGCAUGAUCUCACCUCCAAGCAGUCCUUCCUAUAUUCAAUAUCGUUCUCAAUUCCUUUCAGCACAGCAAGGGCGAAACACCCUUCCUUUCUUCUGGACAUCUCCAACCCGCACUUCUACUCAUUUACGAAGUCACAGCAUAGCCUCGGGAGGCAGUACAAAAUGCCGCGUACGUCCUAAUAUCACAAAGCUUUGGGAAAGCAUCUCUUCUCCAUCUCCUCGAGGCAGCAAGUCCUCGCCUAUACUCAAACAUCCAUCGCCAACCCAUAGGCACUUUCCUAGGUCAUCCCCUAAUAUCUUGCGCGCAAAGCGCAAGACCAAACAUCCUUCAGUAUCAGGCGUCUUCUAUUGUGAAUCCAGGGUUCAGGGUAAUACCAAUGGAGAUGUCCACGUAGACUACGGUGCAUUAGACCCACUUGACGGUGAAGAAGGUGAACUCGUAGAUCACGAAGGUUAUUUUGAUGCAAUUCAAUGCGAUCUCACAGCGUCCCCAUCGUCAUAUACACGGUCCGCAUCACCCUCUCCCACCACCACCACCACCCCAACUUCAUCUCACCUCUGUCUCUUUCGACCUCAAACUCCCUCCCAAGCCUACACCCUCUGCCCAACAUCAUACACAUCAGCCUCCACCUCUACGUUCACUUCCGCGCAAUACCUACCCCCCACUAAAUUAUCCCUCCCCCUUCCCCCAGAACUCAUCCUACACAUUUUCUCCCUCCUCCCGAUGUGUUCAGUCUUAGCCUGUAUGCUCGUAUCUCACUCUUUCUACACCCUAGCCAAAGAUACAAGCGUCUGGCUCGGUGUGUGGAGAGGAAGAGAAGGCUGUCCAAGAGUCCGAUCCCGCGCACCUUAUCAAAGCCCAUACAACCAUUCCUAUACACACAACUUUGCGUACGGGCUCGGGUCUUCAGUGAAUUACAUGUCUUCUUAUUCAUUCCCACAAAAUUCCUUACCCAGCUCGUCCUCCUCUUCUUCUCAAGGCGAUUCGGAUUCGGAUAUCUUGUCGCUGCGUUAUGCCCACGCAGAUGAAGGUGUAUAUGGAUUCUCGCUUUUGGAGGACUCCGAAGAUGUGGAGGGAGAUGGGCCUAGUGGCUGGGCUGUAGAUUGGGAUCGAGUCAAGGCAUUGCGGCACAGCGGACGCUCCAGGGGCAUUUUUAUAGAUGAAGAAAUUCAUGCUAACCGACCAUCGAUUUACAUCCCUUAUGCAGAUCCGAUCUUAAGAAGAGGCACGAAUUCAGGACCUCUCCGGCUUAACUGGCACACCCUCUACCGCUCUUGUGCCACACUCGAAAGGCGGUGGCGAGAUCCGCGCAGUGAGCCACGGGUGAUGCGAAUUGAAGGGCACGGUGACAGCGUCUACUGCCUCGACUUUGACUCACGACGGAUCAUUACAGGAUCUAGGGACAGGACCAUCAAAGUGUGGUGUAUCCGCACUGGCGAGUGUCUUGCGACAUUUGAGGCUCACUUGGGGAGUGUGCUUUGUUUAAAGUUUGCAAAGGACUUUGAUGCGAAGCGAUCUUGCUCGCGCCGGUCUUUUUCUCGCGGGCCUAUUAAUAGUGAAGAAGAGGAGGGUGGUGCCAACGAGGAUGCGAAUGAGGGGGAAGAGGAGGAAUCGCAUGGAAUGAUGGUAUCCGGUUCUUCUGAUUGCACAGUACGCGUCUGGGACCUAUACGCAAAACAUCGUGGUUCGGGAAUACAGGCUGAUGUAUGUGUGAUUCUGCGUGGCCAUUCUGGGGGUGUAUUGGAUUUGAGGAUGGAUGAGAAUUGGAUCGUUAGCUGCUCCAAAGACGCACUGAUCAACGUCUACUCCCGAUCUACACUCACUUUACACGCCAUCCUACAAGGCCAUGAAGGACCCGUGAACGCUAUCGGACUCGAAGGCGGGAGAGUAGUGAGUGCCGGUGGGGAUGGUCGAAUGAUGUUGUGGGAUGCUGCUAGUGGGAGAUGUGAACGGGUGUUUGAGGGGCAUGAGAGGGGGUUGGCUUGUAUUGAGUUUAAGGACGACCUAAUCCUAAGCGGUUCAAACGACUGCACUAUCAAGCUCUGGCGCGCAUCUACAGGAGAGUGUCUGCACACUUUUGCUGGUCAUAUGUUGUUGGUCUGCGCAUUGUGUUUUGAUCCGAAGACUGGGUAUGUGGUUAGUGCGAGUUAUGAUAGGAGCGUUAGGGUUUGGGAGUGGAGGGAACCUGCUGUAGAUGUUGAUUCUUUCAUUUCGCACUCUUCUUCCUCAUCAAACUCUUCCUCGUCGUCAUUCCACUCGACACACACCAGUACUUCAACACAUACCAGCAACUCAACACAUGCCAGAACCUCGAUCUACGCAUCCGACACAGACGGAGCAAGCGUAGUAGGCGUCGCGGACGGCGUCGUCGGGUAUAGAAAUUCGGGUAUGAGCGAGAAGAGGGGUGUUGGGAAGUUGGUGAGAGAGUUUAGGGAUUUGCAUGCAAGCCAUAUUUUUGAUGUUAAGUUUGAUGUGGGGAGGAUCGUUAGCCUCGCCGACUCGCAAUACUGCUCCGUAGAGAUUCCACGACAUCAUGCUGAUGUUGACGCUGAGAUGGACAGUGAUAUCAAUGACGGAAAUGGAGUUGACUUCGAAGAUUUUCAAGGUAAGCAAGUGCGUCCUAGGAGACGAAUUCCGAGACACUUGGACGACAUCGAGCCCUCAGAGGAGGAUCUUAAUUACUCCGAUAACAACGGUCAAAGCCCUACUCAAGAUUCGGCUGCACUUCCAGCUCGAUCCAGGAUCCGACGUGUUCUUUUAACGCUAAGGGACACAUUACAGACAACCUAUAACUCCUUUGGUCUCUGUCGAGUAUAUCCUCGACGCCCUUCCUUCGAGCCAAAUAAGUUCGUUCCCUCCUCGUUACUGGCGCAAACAUGUCCGGCAGCUGCUCAAGGAAGCGAUUCUCCACCGGAGGUCUUUGCACCACCAUUCCCUUUCGCUAAUAUGACCCUCUAUCGACUUAUGUCCUGGAUGAAUACUGGUAGUAAUCGGGUAUCGGAAACCAAGGUCACAGCCCUUGUCAAUGACGUGAUGCUAGCAGACGAUUUCGACCCCGAGCAUCUUAAGGGAUUCUCGGUGAAACAGAACCUACGAGAGCUGGAUGCGGAUAAGAGUGGGAAGAGGAUCACUUUUCCAGAUGAUUGGAUCGAAACUGACAUCACCAUUGACAUCCCCGUCAGGUCAAAGGAGGAGGGACCUAGGCCUCAUACUAUUCCCGGGUUUCAUUAUCGCCCACUUGUUGAAGUUGUGCGUGUGGCGUUUUCGGAUGCCCAGGCGGCGGCAUUCCAUCUCUUUCCUUUUAAACACAUUUGGAAGGAUCCUCUUGACCAUCAUGAAGAGAGAGUAUACGAUGAACUCUAUACAUCUGACGCCUGGCUGGAGGCUCAGGAGAGUCUCCACAAGUCACCGAAGGAAAUUGGAUGCUCAUUAGAACGUGUCAUUGCAGGCUUCAUGCUUUUUUCGGAUGCUACUCACCUGGCGAAUUUUGGAACCGCCAAGGCCUGGCCGCUCUAUGUCUACUUCGGAAAUCUAACAAAAUAUGUACGCUCGUCGCCUACAUCAGGAUCAUGUCAUCUUGUAGGCUUUUUACCUUUGCUUCCGGAUAGUAUUAAAGAUGUUCUGAGUACCUUGCCUCGCAUCUCAAAAAGCGGCAUGGCCUCCCUUCACACCCAUUGCCGCAGGGAGUUGUUUCAUGCAUGCUGGGACAUCUUACUGGAUGAAGACUUCCUUUACGCAUAUCGACACGGCAUCGUUUUGAAAUGCGCCGAUGGAAUCAUGCGGCGAGUAUUUCCUCGAAUCUUCACAUAUUCAGCUGACUAUCCUGAGAAGGCUUUAAUUGCGACAAUCAAGGAUAUGGGCUUGUGUCCGUGCCCUCGCUGCCUGACACCCAAAGGCUUAUUCAAUCGUCUUGGUCUCGUGAGGGACAUGAAAAGCCGCAUAAAUGACUUACGAGUAUAUGCCAUGGUGAAGGUUGUCAAAGCGCGCCAGUUUAUCUAUGGAUUAGGGAAUACUGUGGACGGUACAAAAGUCGAAGAUGCCCUUGGAGAAGGCUCGUGGGUCGCUAUUCUGAAUCGAUUCACAGAGAAGCUUGGACCACUGGGCCUUGACCCAUUUCGUAUGCUCGUUGUCGACCUCAUGCACGAGUGCGAACUGGGAACAUGGAAGGCGUUAUUUACACACCUGAUGAGGCUUCUUUAUUCCCUUCCUGAGGGUAUUCAACUCAUCGCAAUUUUUGAUAGCCGAUUUCGCCAGGUCCCGACGUUUGGUAAUGGCGUCAUCCGAAAGUUUGCGAAUAACACAUCCGAGAUGAAAAGGUUAGCAGCUCGUGAUUUCGAAGAUAUCUUACAGGUUUUUGUCUUAAUUGCCUGUUCCCCCCCCGGCCACGACGUGGCUGUGCAAUCCCUCCUGUAUCAAUUCGCACAGUGGCAUGCUCUCGCGAAGCUCAGGAUCCACACAGACUCGACACUACUUUUUUUCGAAGAAACGUUCAAGAAACUCUCCAGGAAGUUGCGGAAUUUUCGGGACUACACCUGCGCUGCUUUCAAGACUGUGGAGCUACCAAAGGAGGCAUCAGCUCGCCAAAGACGAUCUACCCAGCGCUCUGAAACCAACACCGGCUCUACGGAAUCAACUGGGGCGAGAGUAAAGAAAUUGAAUUUGAACACAUAUAAGUUUCACGCCAUGGGCGAUUAUAUGAGAACUAUCAGGAUAUUUGGAACGACAGAUUCAUUUACUACACAAAUUGGGGAGCUUGCACACCGCGCUCUAAAGGCAUUCUAUCCAUUGACAAGUAAGUUAGACACCCCCGCACAGUUAGCCAAGCACGAGCGCAGGCGCCGUGUACUCCGGCGGGUGGCAGAAGCAGGGGGAAUAUCCUCUUCUAUCAGUCAGCCACCUAUUGACACUCCCUCCUCCGGAAAGCAUCACCACAUUGCAACUAGUCGGAAUCACCCGCUCCCCCUAUUUACGUUUCUUCGAGAACAUAAUAAUGAUCCAGCUCUCAAGAAAUUUAUACCGAAAUUAAAGGACCACAUUCUCUAUAGACUGCGCAAGCUAGAUGUUAGUUAUUGCGACUUCACCUUCUCAGACGAGGAGCGCCGGUCGGUCAUUAUUCCAAAUGACACAAUUUAUUCGGUCCAAACGAUGCAAGUCCAUUAUACUACGUACGACAUCAGGCGAGAGUACGACACUAUCAACCCUAGGACGCACAGCGACGUCAUGGUGCUUUCAGGAGAGACGAUGCCUAACCACCCGUACUGGUACGCCCGUGUAUUGGGCAUAUACCAUAUGGACACAUGGCUCAAUGAGGGAGCUCAACCUGUGAAAGAGCGUCUCGAGGUCCUCUGGGUUAGAUGGCUGGCUCCAAUCCAGAAUCAUAAAUCUGGUGUGAAUCAUGCUCGCCUUCCCAAGGUUGCCUUCGUCGAGGAGUCAGACGUAGAUGCAUUCGGGUUUCUCGAUCCAGGGCAAGUCAUUCGAGGGGCCCACUUGAUUCCAGCCUUUAAUUCUCAACGUGGUGUAAGCUCGCUUCGCCAUGGGAGAUCAUUAGCACGUCCUGGUGGUGAACUAGAUGAUUGGGAAGCAUAUUAUGUCGGCAUAUUUGUGGAUCGCGACAUGUUCAUUCGUUAUACACACUUUGGUGUUGGCCAUCCAGCGAUGCUGCGGAGGAUAGCCAGAGACUGCGAAUCCGUGGCACUCGGAGGUGUUGUGGGCGGUGUGACCAGUACUAACGAGACAGACUCGGACAUGGGCCAUGACGAGAACGGUCACCAUGACACGGAGGAUGACGAGGAUGACUCGGGCUCGGACUCGGACUCGGGGGAAAUAAGUGAUGAAGAGUUUAGUGACGAGGAUCUGGAGCUUGACCAUGUUGAAGACAUUGAUGGAGAUGAGGCCGAGGACGAGUUCGAUGACCUUCUGUCUUUUUAG